CCAGAGAGAGAGAGAGAGAGAGCUAGCGAGCGGCGGAGCAUGCUUCAUGAAUGAGUCCCCCUCCACCACCGCAGGUCGGACCCAUCCUGAUGCCCGUGUGGGUGCGCAGACCGGCGGGGAACAGUAGAGGAGCCAGUUGCUGAUGAGCCCGGACAGCAAACACAUCCCCUCUGUACUACAUGAGCGUUUCAUCCCAACAGGAACAACACGACAGGAUCAGGAACGAUGCUUGAUGGACUCCGGCGGAGGCACGCCUCCCGGCCCUCCUCCCGGCCCCUGUCACUCAACUUCAGCACCUUCUCGGCCCCUCCCCCGAGUCCAGACAUGGACAGCAGCAGUGAGCAUCCAAUCAGGAGGACUCUGCACCGGCUGAAGCUGAUGAGCUCUCCCAGCCUCAGCGAGCUGGGGAGGAGCGAGAAAAGUUCACCAGAGGACAGAGGGGAGAAGCAGAAGAGGGCAGGAGCCAAUGCCACCUGGAACAGCAUUCACAAUGCUGUCAUAGCAGUCUUCCAGAAGAAAGGUUUGGCAGAUAACGAGCUCUUCGUCCUCAAUGAAGGUGUCCGGCAUCUGUUGAAGACUGAGCUGGGGUCCUUCUUCACAGAAUACCUACAGAACCAGUUGCUGACAAAAGGCAUGGUCAUCCUUCGGGACAAGAUAAGGUUCUAUGAAGGUCAGAAGUUACUCGACUCUCUGGCAGAGACCUGGGACUUCUUCUUCUGUGAUGUUCUCUCGAUGCUGCAGGCCAUCUUCCAUCCUGUUCAGGGUAAGGAGCCCUCUGUCCGACAGCUAGCUCUGCUUCACUUCAGGAACACCAUAGUCCUGAGUGUAAAGUUAGACGACGCCCUGUCUCGACCUCGGGCCCGUGUGCCGCCUUCUGUUACACAGAUGCUGCUUAUUCUACAGGGGGUCCAUGAGUCGCGUGGUGUGAAUGAGGACUACCUGAGGCUCGAGUCCCUGGUUCAGAAGGUGGUCUCGCCCUACCUGGGCACCCAUGGGCUUUACUCUGGAGAUGGCGCUGAGGCCCAUUGCUGUGUUCUGGAGAAGUGUUUACCGUGGGGCUGGCCCAAGUCUGCAGAUCAACCGUGUAAAAACCCUGUGGUACGAUCAAAAAGCUACAAUAUCCCUCUGCUGCUGACCCCGGUGGCUGAGUAUGACCCAGAUGCCAGCUCUGUUGGCAGUGGAGGAAUCCGCCGCCACUCGGCCUGUGAGAUUAUAUCAUGCCUGGAGGAACAAGGACUGGCCUACGCUGACCUGGCUUCAGGAUCUGAACUGUCUGGCCCCUCCUCCAACAGGCUGUGCGUGGGCUCUCAGUUCAAUGGUAUUUUACAAGCAGGAGCGAGCGCCAUGGGCUUGCCUCUUUCGUCUCCGUCCAUCCUUCCCCUUCAUUCCUCAGGAGCUCUCCACGGCACUGAGGCCACAACAACAAUGACUGAUCUCAGUAAGGGUGCAUCCUCCACGCCACCCAGUGAAUCAUCCAGCCCUGAAACCAUAAUUGGACAAGUGCUGGAGUCUGCAGACUCAGACUCAGAUGGGAUAUUUAUUGAUUUCCCACCUCACUCCUCAGAGGCUAUGGGGUACAGCCGCGAGAGCAGGCAGAGCACUGUGUAGCUGUAGCCCACACAGUGUGUACGGUAAUAAUCUGUGCGAAAGAUUAAAGAAAUCAUGCGUAUACAUUUCAUUAAAUGGGUACCAUCUUCCUUUCUUACUUUAGUACGAUGAGUUUCCAUGAUGUGUCCAUUCAAAGUGCUUUCACUGGUGAGUGAAACCCUCGCAACUCUAAAAGUCGACUUUUUAAGAACUAAGAAAAUCAUGUUUUUCCAACAAAAUACAAAGCAAAUGCCGGUGGAAGUGUUAUUAAAAGGACUGACAAUGUGUCGCCAGGUUUUCAACUUGAGGACCCUCUAGUGUGUGACUUUAUCCUCAGCUUUCAAAGGUUAUAUUCUAUAUGUUUCUUAUUGGCAACUCAUUCUAUGAAAAGACCAAAAUCAACAAUGAUCUCUCUCUAGCCAACGCCUGCUUCAGCUUAGUCCACUACCACAGGCCUCAAAUUUUGUACAAGAACUACUAAAAACACAUCAAUGAGCCGCGCAGUUGCACUGACAUGUUUCUUCGUUUGCAUGAACGUAGGCACUGUAGUUUAUUGCUGGUACUGUAAACACUCACUAGAUGAUCAAAUGUGUAUUAAUCUGCAGGUGAAAAUAGUCCCAACAAAUACACUGUUUACUCCUAACUUAAGUCAUUUAACUAAACUACACUGCCCAGCUCUUUUUUAUUUGAUUAAAAACCCAUUUUUUAAGAAUUAUGUCUCUAGUAGGAGCGAAUGCGCGUUAGUGUUACGGAUGUGCCGGGGAAGUCAGAAAAUAUUGAGAUAUUGUUGGUUUUGGUAUUUUCAUUAGAUCUGUUGAAAACAUCAAACACAUACAGUAUAGUUAAUGUUAUCUUUUAACCCGUAGAGAAGCACUGAAAAAAUUGGAGUUAUGAGGAUUUUCACGCAGUACCAGUUUCUUACUUCUGCUAAGAAGAUGGCUGUUACAACCACCAUUUACAUGGAGAAAUGACAGAAACCUAACAUAUUUAUCAUGGACGUGUUUUGUAUAUGUGUACUUUGAACUUCACAGCAGUUUUAUAUUUUCUGUUAAGCUUUGUUGUCUGCCUCGUGGCAGUAACACAGUAAUGAGGUCUUCUGCUCUUCACUUUUGUACGACAUAUGGACUGUUGAAUUGUUUUUAUUGUCAGCGGCAGUCAUCGAGCGCUAAUGCAAAAUUAUCCUCUUAGAGCAAACAUCAGUGUGACAGCAUUUGCUUUUCUGUAUUAGCUGUGUACAGCAGGAGUUUGAGGAAUGUGACGAUGUUUAUUGUUUACAUUUGACAAAGACAUGAACAUUUUGGCUGAAUGUCGUCUCACACACUGUAUUUUGCACCACCACUACCUUGUAAAUAAAAGUGCAUUGUUUUUUAGGACAGCUAGAUAGUGUAAAGUGAGCUUUUACCUUUAAAUGGAUUGAGAUUUUAAUAAGGGCUUUUUAACUGAAUCUUUUUCAAAUGAUGUUUUACCUCAAGCGUUUUGUACUUUACUUUUUUUGACAAUCUAUUAUGUCUACAGAGUUGUACUUUGUAUUAAUUUGUUAUACUAGCCCAGUAAAAAUUAAAUAAAUUUUAAUAGUAUUUAAAAA